CAAGUUUCAUUGGCAGAAACUAAAAUAAUGAGGUGCAACGUGUUACAGUGUCGCAAAACAGAAUGCAUCAACUUCAGAGUCCAGAUACCAUUGCACUUUGAAGCUCUCCUUUCUCAUCCAGAUUCUAAUCACACAAAUAUGAGGGAUCCAUGAAACAAAUGGGUCACUGGAUUAGUAUGAACCGAGUCCGACCCAAAUAGCAAAUUUGAUGAAGCAACUAAACCAAACCAAGCUUCGCUGUCUCUUGGCCCGGGUCAGUAGCAACGCCGCAGAAGGUAGCUGAGAACUGAAACUGAUGAUUGUAACUGCAUAACAGGAUUGGGACUUGGGGGGAAGGUACCAUUUCAGAAGCUAAAAAUGGUUGGAAAGAGAUUAAGCAUAACCUUAACAAUAACAUUCGCUGCUAUUUCCUUCUCCACUGCAAUCUCUGCAUAUGUCUUGAGUAGAAAAUGUAAGGGUUUGAAGUCCAAGAUUCUUGAGCUGGAGGCAUCUCUCAAGUCUUCCUUAGAUAAAUGUGCCUCUGAAAGGCAAGGGAGAAUUAGGGCUCAACAGGUUACCCUUCUUUCAACACUCCUAUGUAGGAAUGGGACACCGAGGCAACCGUUACUUGUACCACUUGCUAGAGCCUGUUUGGUUUUUAAUGCCACUCGUGUUCCGCCAGCAUCUCUUGAGGGUCUAGCUGAAUAUUCUCACUGCUGGAUUUUAUAUGUAUUUCAUUUAAAUACAGAUCUUGAGAAACUAUGGAAGCAUCCAUCUCAAUCAGGGUUUAAGGCAAAGGUGAGAGUUCCGAGACUUAAAGGAGGAAGAAUGGGAGUGUUCGCCACACGAUCCCCACAUCGUCCAUGCCCCAUUGGACUUACAGUUGCAAAGGUAGAGGCUGUACAGGAAAAUAUGAUUUUGCUUUCUGGUGUUGAUCUGGUUGAUGGAACUCCAGUACUUGAUAUCAAGCCUUACCUGCCAUAUUGUGACAGCAUCCAAAAAGCUGUAGUGCCAAAUUGGUUGAUGGAGGAUAGCUUACUCUCAGUAUCUUCUGUAAGCUUUGCAGAGGACUUCACUUCAGCACUCGAAAAUUGCUGGACAAUGGCAGAAAAGAAGUCGCUUUAUGCAUCACCAAGCGAGUUCCAACGCUUGAUCAAGCAAGUUCUUUCAUGGGAUAUUCGGUCAUUGAGCCAAAGAAACAGGCCUCAUGAUGCUCUCUCAAAAAGUGAUAACGAUGAUGAAAUGUUGGUUAAUACCUCUGAUGCAGAUGAACACCAAGAUGACAGAGCUUUUUUACAUGAAAAGGACCAGAAUUCUGUAGAUUCUAAGGACAUAAUAUAUCACCUAAUUUUGGAAGGACUUGAUGUCUCUUAUAGAAUUGAUCACCAUGGUAAUCUGAAUGUGGAACAGGUGUCACCAUCAUCUUUCUUAGACAAAAUCUCUAACUCUUGCAAUUACUUGACUUGGAAAGACAAGCUGCAGUGAAUUCUGCUGUAAGCCUUCAUUAAUUUUAAUUUUAGUUUCUCAUGAGUUGUUUUUUUAUUUUAUUUUAUUUUACAUAGAAAGUUCCAUUAAGAGGGAAGUGAAAGCUUAGAGACUGUGGUUUU